AUGCAGGAGUGUGCUAAUGUGCAAACCUCCGGUUUCGACCUUCCUGCGGCCACACAGAGGGAGCAGGAGCGGGCAGUGCCCAGCGUGGCGACCCUGUGCUGGCCCCGCUGCUCUUCUGCCCACGCCUCCCCACUAACGUGCGGCUGCUGUGGACAAGAUGAAGUGGAGGAAAUUAGGGAGGACAAGAUGAAGUGGAGGAAAUUAGGGAGAGUCCUUGCUGGGCUGCCGCACAUGGGGGUUAAGGAUGAGAAAAUGAGUGGAGGACAGGACGGCAGCGACCUGGUGAUCCAGCCGAGGACUCUGACCUCGCCCGGACUAUGCCCCACCGAGACUGCUCUGACGAAGGUACUGGGGGUUUAUAGUAAAUAUGAUUGUCCAAACCUCUACCCUCUGGAAACUCGCAUUCCAUUGCUGCUCACCGAGUCUCCCGCACAGGUGGCCACGUGUGCCACUCUCAUCUUCCAGGCAGAGAUCCAAGGAACCAUCUUCCCGGCGCCCAAUUUCAACCCUGUGCUGGAUGCCCAGGUGCUGGGGGCGGCUCUGCAGGGCUUCGACUGUGACAAGGACGCGCUGAUCGGCACCCUCACCGGGCGCUGCAACGCGCAGCGGCAGAUGAUCGCGGAGGCUUACCGGGGCCUGUACGGCCAGGACCUGAUUGAGGACCUGAAGGAGCAGCUUUCUCACCACUUCAAGGAGGUGAUGGUGGGCCUCAUGUACCCGCCGCCGUGCUACGACGCCCAUGAGCUCUGGCACGCCAUGAAGGGAGCGGGCACCGAUGAGAACUGCCUCAUCGAUAUAUUAGCUUCAAGAACAAAUGGGGAGAUUUUCCAGAUGCGAGAAGCCUACAGUUUGCAGUACAGCAGUAACCUUCAAGAGGACAUUUGUUCGGAGACCUCAGGACACUUCAGAGACACCCUCAUGAAUUUGGCCCAGGGAGCCAGACAGGAAGGAUACGCAGACCCCGCCUCGGCCGCCCGGGAAGCCAUGGUGCUGUGGGACGCCUGCCAGCGGAGGACCGGGGAGCACAAGACCAGGCUGCAGGUGAUCCUGUGCAACACGAGCUGCCAGCAGCUGUGGCUGGUUUUCCAGGAAUUUCAAAAUAUUUCUGGGCAAGACCUGGUAGAUGCCAUAAAUGAAUGUUAUGACGGAUACUUCCAGGAGCUGCUGGCUGCGAUUGUUCUCUGUGUUCGAGACAAACCAGCCUAUUUUGCUUAUAGAUUACAUAGUGCAAUCCAUGACUUCGGUUUCCAUAAUAAAACCAUAAUCAGGAUUCUCAUUGCCAGGAGUGAAAUAGACCUGCUGACCAUAAGGAAACGCUACAAAGAGCGAUACGGAAAAUCCCUGUUUCACGAUAUCAGAAAUUUCGCUUCCGGGCACUACGAGAAGGCGCUGCUCGCCCUCUGCGCCGGCGACGCCGACGACUGCUGAGGGGGCGGGGCCUGCGCAUGCGCCUGAGGGGGCGGGGCCUGCG